CUUCCGGCAGCAGGGACCUAUUCCGUACAAUGGUCAGGUGAUACUGGGCGCUAAGGAUCCUGGGUACAGUGUGCAUUGAGGUCCAAACCUGAGAGAUUAGAAAAUCGCGUUUUUGGGGUCUUUGCUGGAAAUGUCCUCUCACGUUUCCCAGGUGAGAUCCCUCUAUAAAAAGAUCCUCUUUCUGCACCGGACAUUACCGCUUCACCUGAAGGCCCUUGGAGACCAGUACGUGAAAGACGAGUUCAGGAAACACAAAAAUGUCGCCCCCGCUGAAGCCAAACUCUUCAUGAAGGAAUGGGAGAACAACUAUCCCAUAAAAGGCAUAUUUGCACUAUACCUCUAUCUCCGUGAUUCAUCCAAAUUCCAGAUGCUUCUAUAUGAACCAUACAGGCCCCUGGAUAUGGUUCACCAUCAUCACAGUAGUCAAGCCACACCACAUCAAGCCUCCACACACAAGCUAUGCAGGAAUACUGUGGCAACAAGCCAAAGAAGGACUGAAUCCAGAUAAAAGGAACCAAUACGGAGCUCCUCUGUCUAAGCAGAAGCUCGAUGCGCUCAGCGAGGAGCAAAUCGGACAGUUACAUGAACUCAUGCAGGAA